UCUUCCAUCCUCUCGAGAACCUGCCCGCGCUCCGUCCCCCUCCAUAUAGUUCGAACCGGAACCGCCGCGGGAGCCGCCGCACCGGAGUCCCCAAAUGGCCGACGACAAGGAGACCGACUCAGCGCAGCCGCCGGCCAAGCUGCCCCGCCUCUCCGGCGCCGACACGAGCGCCGGUAAGUACGUGCGGGCCUUGCGUUCUGGCCGGGGUUCGCUGGAGGAGUUGAUCACUGGUGCGUCGUUUGCAGGGGAGGUGACCAUGGCGGCCUCGUCGCCGCUGGUUCUCGGGCUGGGGCUGGGGCUCGGCGCGGGCGGCGGCGAGCGCGACGCGGAGGCGUCGGCCGCGACGGCGGCGCCCAAGAGGGCGUCGGCGCUGACGUUCAUGCAGCAGCAGGAGCUGGAGCACCAGGUGCUCAUCUACCGCUACUUCGCUGCGGGCGCGCCCGUGCCGGUGCACCUCGUGCUUCCCAUCUGGAAGAGCGUCGUCGCCUCCUCCUUCGGCCCGCAGCGCUUCCCCUCCCUGAUGGGCCUGGGGAGCCUGUGCUUCGACUACCGCAGCAGCAUGGAGCCGGAGCCCGGGCGGUGCCGGCGCACGGACGGCAAGAAGUGGCGGUGCUCCCGCGACGUGGUGCCGGGCCACAAGUACUGCGAGCGGCACGUCCACCGCGGCCGCGGCCGUUCAAGAAAGCCUGUGGAAGCCGCCUCCGCAGCCGCCCCGACGACGGCCGCGGCCGCCGUCAGCAGCAGCCGCAGCGGCGCCCCAGUCCACCACCACGGCGGCGCGGGCGUGGCCCCGCACGGGCUCGGCUUCUCCCCCACCAGCGUCCUCCUCGCCCACAGCGCCGCGCGUGCCACGUGAGCGCGCGAGCGAACGCCCCCCACCACGCUCGGUCCCCGUCCCCAACACCGCCACCGUUACGCCCGUGUCUUGGGCCUGGGCCUUGGGCCACCGGAUGUCGUCGUGUGUGCUGUAAUUUCCCCUUUUUUUUUCUCUCGCAACCUGUCAAACCAGUUUGCACCG